UAUAUUCCCGAUGUGGUUGGGAACUCUUCCAAAGCUGCAAGUUUUAAGCUUGAGAUCCAAUGAAUUGCAUGGGUCCAUUAGAACUCCAACGAUUGAAAACAUAUUUCCUAAUCUUCAAAUGUUAGAUCUCUCUUCCAAUGCCUUCACAGAAAACUUACCAACGGGUUUGUUUCAACAUUUGAAAGCCAUGAGGACAAUUGAUCAAACUAUGAACGCACCACAUUAUGAAGGAACUGAUGGAUAUUACCAAGACUCGGUAGCUGUCGUAUCUAAGGGGUUUGAGCGUGAAAUUGUGAGAAUCUUGUAUUUGUACACCGUUAUCGAUCUUUCAAGUAAUAAAUUUGGAGGGCAGAUUCCAAGUAUCAUGGGGGAACUCAUUGCAGUUCACAUAUUGAAUAUAUCUCAUAAUGGAUUGGAAGGUCAUAUACCGUCAUCAUUUGGAAGUUUAUCUUUGGUUGAAUCAUUGGACCUGUCAAGUAACCAUCUUGUAGGAAAGAUACCAGCACAAUUUGCUUCUCUUACAUCUCUUGAAGUCUUCAAUCUUUCCUACAAUCAUCUCGAAGGGUGCAUUCCUCAAGGAAAUCAAUUUCAGACCUUUGAGAACAAUUCAUAUGAAAGUAAUGAUGGAUUACGUGGAUUCCCACUUUCAAAAGUCUGUGGUGAUGAUUCAGUAUCAGAGACAAAUGAUACAGUUUCUGGACUAGACGAUGAAGAAAGCAAUUCUGAAUUUCUGAAUGAUUUUUGGAAAGGUGCUCUUAUGGGCUAUGGGAGUGGACUAUGUAUUGGACUAUCCAUAAUAUAUUUCAUGAUUUCAACUGGAAAACUGAUGUGGCUUGCAAGAAUCAUUGUAGAGCUGGAGCACAAAAUAAUGAUGGGAAGGAGAAAGAAGCAGCGAAGGCAAAGGAAUUACAGAAAAAGAAAUAAUCAGUUAUGA